UCGAGCAUAGGUGGCGGCAAAAGGGGAAAAGCUUAUUUCUCCCCGAUCGUUCAAUUGGUGCUUCUCAUCGAUCGGAAAAUUAGGGUUUCUUCUCUCGUCUCCUAUUUCCCCGAAUUAGGGUUUCUUCUCAACGCUAAGGAUUCUGCUUUGCCCUUCCAAUGUCCGGCGAGCCGACUACCUCCUACGUUUCGCCUCGGAGCCUCGACCUCAACUCCGUCGCUGUGGUGCACCAGACAGAACUCGAUGGCUCCGGCGAUGCCUGCAAAUUUGACUGGGAUUCGUCUGCUAAGGACGAUGUGAGGGCAGUGGAUCCGGAUGAAGAUAAGAAUGCUAUGGAGGUUGAAGAAUUUGAUGGAGGUGGAGAGGGCGUUAUUCUGGAUGCGGAUUUUGCGGGUUCCAACAACGAUUUGAAUUUGAAAGCUGAUGGCCCUGAGUUGGACGAUGCGGAUGAAAGCGGUGCAAAGGUUCUGCCGGAGGAUACGAAUCUGGUGAGUAAAGAAUUAUUUUUCAAUGAUAAUGGUUCUGAUGAGGUUUCCAAGAAAGACGGCUUUUUUGGAGAGGUGGAGGAGUCUCCGACGUCUGAGUUGGGGAAGUAUGUUGAUGGCAAGCUGUUAGAAAUAAAGGAGGAAGAAACAUGCAAAUCUGAGUUUUCUGUUUGUGAUAUGGUGUGGGGUAAAGUGAGGAGCCAUCCAUGGUGGCCUGGAUCGAUCUACGAUCCUUCAUUUGCGUCAGAUAUGGCGCUGAAGCAUUGGAAGAAAGAUCACUUUCUUGUAGCAUAUUUUGGGGACAAAACUUUUGCUUGGAAUGAUAAGACAAGAUUGAAGCCUUUUGAAUCUUUCUUCGCUCAGAUGGAGAAGCAGAGCAGCCUGGUUGAGUUUGUGGAUGCUGUUGAUGAAGCAUUGGGAGAGGUGGAGAGACGCGUAGAGUUUGGAAUGACCUGUGGUUGUAUUGCGGAUCUGCUCAUUGCUGAUUUAAAGCACAAAACGGUUGUGAAUGCUGGGAUUAAAGAAGGUACAUGCUGCCCUACAUUGGAUAGAAGUUUGGUUGCCAAUUCGUUUGACCCGAACAGGUUGCUUGACUAUAUUUAUGGAUUAGCUCAGUUUCCUUGUGGAGAGCUUGAAAAAUUGGAGCUUGUUAAAGUAUAUGCACAGCUGAAGGCCAUCUAUAUGUCAAAGGGUUAUUCAGAACUUCCAGAAUUUUGUAAUGGUGGAUGGUUAUCACAUGACGAAGAUGUUUCAGCUCAUGAAGGGGAAGGAGGAGGACAAGAUCAUGUAUUCAUGUGGAAUAUAAGAAAGAUGGAUUUCUUUCAAAUGAUAUGUCUUCAACAGAAAAGAGAAGAGGCAGGGGCCGCCCACGGGGUAAAAAGAAGACCAUUGAAGAGGAUGGCAGAAGGUUGGAAUAUAUGGAUGAAGUUGUUUCAAAUGAGAUAUCCUCAAAGGAAAAGAGAAGGCAGGCCGCGUGGUAAAAAGAAGGCCAUUGUUGAGGAUGGAAGGAAGAUGGAAUAUAACAAUGAUGGAAUUCUUUUAAAUGACACAUCUGCUAAGGAAAAGAGAAGAGGCAGAGGCAGGCCACCUGGUAGCGGAAAGACCAUUGAAGAGGAUGGCAGGAAACAAAAAAGCUUGCAUGAGCUGAUGGAGCAAACAGCUUAUGCUGCUGCUUCAAUUUCUUCCAGCAAAAAGCGCAAGAUUAGUUAUCCCGAUUCUGAUGGCUUUGGACAAGGCAAGACAAAGAGACUGAAGUCCUUGGUUGAUCUUGGAAGCAUUUCAGAUUCUUCAACGGUUUUAAAAAUUGGACAACGCAUCAGCCGAGUUGCAAAUAAAAUGAAAUUUUCUAGCACAGAGCAAGAUGACUUAAAACUCUAUAAGGGUAAUGCUAAGUCUCCAAAAACAGAAGCAGCUUUGAAGCUGGACUAUCCAGCACCAAGUGAGAUGCUGUCCCAGCUCUGUUUUGCCGCAAGAGGUCCAACUAAAGCACAUCGAUUUCAACCUAUUGCUAGCAGUUUCUUUUUGAAUUGGAGGGAUUUUCAUGUUGGUGAUGAUGAUGAUAAGUUGCAGAACCUAGUGGAGAGCAAAAGGGGCAGGAAAAAAUUAGCUGAGUCUGAACUAGUCCCUGUGGAGGUAAAGUCUGAUUAUUUACAAGAUUCUUACUGGUCUGAUGUCAUAUUUGAAGAGAACCCAAAGAAAGAGGAUCCUUCUUGGAGCAGAAAGAGGAAAGCUACCUCUAAAACUAAUCAAUUGAAGAAAGCAAAAGCUGCAGGGAUAUCAUUUGUUUCUAGUAACUUGGAAGCCCCUACACUGAACACUAUUGAACAUGUGUCUGAUGGUUCUGCUAUUCUUAGUGAUAGGCAGCAACAAGAAGAAAGAGUAGUAAGCUUGUCUAAUGAUACAAAUGUGGAAGAGUCCAAUCCUGCUGCGCUAAUUUUGAGCUUUAGUGAUCCUGAUGGUCUUCCUUCCAAGUCAGAUCUCAUAAAAAUUUUCAGUAAGUUUGGCCCUCUCAAAGAGGCAGAAACUGAAGUUUCGAGAAAGAGCAAACGUGCUUCAGUCUUGUUCAAAAGAGGUGCUGAUGCUGAAGUGGCUUUCAGUAGUUCAGGAAAAUUUAGUGCUUUUGGGCCCAAACUUGUCAGCUACAGGCUUAGGUACUCAACAUCAUCUUCUCCUGCUACCACGCCACAAAAGGAUCCCUCUCCAGUAAAAGCAGAGACCUCCGUGGUUCCAGAUGAUUCUGUGGUGCUGGUGUCAACUGAUUAGAAAGCUUGACUAGUUCAGUGUGCGUGUAUUUUUGGUAGCUAUAGUAAAGAUGUGUGACCAAUUGAAAGUAGCAGUUGAAAGUUCAUUACUUUUCGGGGCAUUGUCAAGAGGCUGUAUCUCCAAGCAAUUUAUCUCCUUUCAGAAGUUAAGGCAUUGCUCCUUAGGAUAGCUUAUAGAGAUGGCUUACAUAAUUUUUCUUUCUUAACUCAUGUUAAAGUUAUUUCUAUUGCUGUAGAGCAGUCCAAAUGCUUUUAUGUAAAGAAAUUGCAGUUUUUAUCACAGAAAAGUUGAUUUUACUCUUUCACUCA